CAUAGGGUGAGAGGCGCGCGCAGGUAAGCUCGAGCUGAACUCUGUCAGCAGCACCUGGAUUGUCCUCGACUACAGGCCAUUGAGCAUGAUUAGCGGAAAUUUGGGCUUCUUCACAUGAUGACCUUCCUCAUCCUCGUCCUCGCUGAGCAUGGCGGAGUCAGAUGGUGUGGAGUUCUGUGCGAGUCGAGCUCAAAGCAGCAUGGCUAACAACAAGAACAGCACGCUCCGUUGUACUUUCUCGGCCCCCAGCCACAGCAACACUCUCCUGAGGGGACUGUCUGCUCUGCGCGAUCAAGGUCAGUUGUUGGAUGUGGUUCUGGCCAUUGACAACGAGCGAUUUGAGGUUCACAAAGCGGUUUUGGCCUCCUGCAGUGACUACUUCAGAGCCAUGUUUACUGGAGGAAUGAAGGAGUCAAACCAGAACACCAUCGAGCUAAAAGGUCUUUCAGCCAGAGGACUGAAGCACAUUAUUGAUUUUGCCUACAGUUCUGAGGUCACUCUGGACUUGGACUGCAUUCAGGAUGUUCUUGGUGCAGCCGUCUUCCUGCAGAUGGUGCCUGUGGUGGAGCUUUGUGAGGAGUUCCUGAAAUCAGCCAUGAGUGUUGAGACUUGUCUAAACAUCGGCCAGAUGGCCACUACUUUUAGCCUCUCGUCCCUGAAACAGUCGGUCGAUGCGUUCACGUUCCGUCACUUCCUGCAGAUCGCUCAGGAGGACGACUUCCUUCACAUUCCAAAGGAACGACUGGUUUUCUUCCUUCAGAGCAACAAGUUGAAGAACUGUAGUGAGAUUGACUUGUUCCACGCGGCAAUCCGCUGGCUGCAGCACGACGCGUCCAGACGAGCAGCGGCCAGCGAAGUGCUCUGUCACGUGCGCUUCCCGCUAAUGCGUUCGUCUGAACUUGUGGACAGCGUCCAAACUGUCGACAUCAUGGUGGAGGAUGUGCAAUGUCGACACUUUCUCCUAGAGGCCUUCAAUUAUCAGAUCCUUCCAUUCCGACAGCACGAAAUGCAAUCAUCGCGAACUUCCAUUCGCUCAGACGUCACUUCGCUGAUUACGUUCGGUGGAACGCCCUACACCGACAACGAUCGGACAGUCAGCGGCAAAGUCUACUAUCUAGCCGACAUCACAGUGCGACAGUUCAAAGAGUUGACUGAAAUGGAGAUGGGAUGCAGCCAUGCGUGUGUGUCGGUCCUGGACAAUUUUGUGUACGUCGUGGGUGGGCAGCAUUUGCAGUAUCGCAGUGGAGAGGGCGCGGUCGAUGUCUGUUUCCGCUACGAUCCCCAUCUGAACCAGUGGCUUCGAAUCCAAUCCAUGCAGGAGAGCCGUAUUCAGUUUCAGCUCAAUGUGUUGCAUGGACAACUUUACGCUACUGGAGGACGCAACAGGUCUGGCAGCUUGUCCUCUGUAGAGUGCUAUUGUCCGAGGAAAAACGAGUGGACUCAUGUGGAUUCCCUCAAGAGGCGGAUCUGGGGUCACGCCGGAGUGACGUGCGGUGAGAAACUCUACGUCUCAGGAGGUUACGGUGUGUCUGUGGAGGAUAAGAAGACUCUCCAUUGCUAUGAUCCGACUUCUGAUCAGUGGGACUUUAAGUGUCCUAUGAAUGAGCCAAGAGUCUUGCAUGCUAUGAUCAGUGUGAAUAACCGUAUUUAUGCACUCGGUGGCAGAAUGGACCAUGUUGACCGCUGCUUCGAUGUGCUAGCUGUAGAGUAUUACAUUCCAGAGACCGAUCAAUGGACAACAGUCAGUCCAAUGCGAGCUGGUCAAUCAGAGGCUGGGUGCUGUCUGCUAGAUAAAAAGAUCUUUAUAGUCGGAGGAUACAACUGGCACCUCAAUAACGUCACUAGUAUUGUGCAAGUUUAUAAUACAGAAACAGAUGAAUGGGAAAGAGAUCUUCAUUUUCCAGAAUCUUUUGCGGGAAUAGCUUGUACACCUAUUGUACUUCCUCAAACAACCACCCAGCGCUAAGCACAUAUUGCAUUUGCAUUUUGUUUAGGCUUACGGUUCCAGUCCACCCGGACUGAAGUGAAAGUAAUGGUUUAAUAAGCUUUGUCUUAUUGAAAAGCUAUAAUGUUAUGUCUUUGUUGUUGAAGCAUGCAUGAUUGAAGGUUUUUUCACAACGAUAUAAAACACACUAUUUGAGAAUGUGCAGCAUCUUUCUCAAGCAGUAUUUUCAUUUAAGGCCCUUCUUGUAGAUUGACACGUUUAAUGUUAUUUGAGGGUUUUGCAAGUUCCUAUGGGAUUUGCACUGACGGCAGACUUGAAUGGCCCCACAUCAUUCAAGCAAUGUCAUCACAUCUUUAUCUUUGUGAAUAUCCUACAUGUAUUCACAACACAACAUAAACUUCCAGAAGUAAGUGCAAGUUUAUAACAGCGAGACAGAUGAGUGGGAAAGAGAUCUUCAUUUUUUUUAAGAAUCUAUUGUGGGAAUAGUUUGUUACACUUAUUGUACCUCCCCAAACAACCCUCCCAGCGCUAAGCACAUUGUCUUUAUAUUUGAUUUAUGAGAAUGUAAAGCAUCUUUCUGCACACUUCUCAUGCAGUAAUGUUGUCUUUGGCCCGUCUUGUAGAUUGUCCCGUUUCAUACUAAUGAGGGUUUCAUACAAGUGCCUGUGGGAUUUGCAUUGAUGACAGACUUGAAUGGGCCAGCAACACAAAAGCAAUGUCAUCAUGACUUCGUGAAGGAUUUAUGGCCUGUUCUCAUGGUGUGACUAAAUAAACGAAACUUGUUCAAUUUGUCAUUUUUUUUUAAUUUUUGGAUAGCUCAAUGAAUUGGUUGACAUCUGAACAAUUUUAAUCAAUAUUAGCCUCUGAGAGAAAAGAGUUUGCAGAACUUUAUUCUUGCAGUAUGAUAUUUUGAAUUUGGUCCUCCAGCUACAAUUCUGACAAAAUUUUUCACUUUGCCAGCACUUAAUGAAGUUAAUGAAAUAUUGAACCUUAGCCUGCUCUUCUCAAGAUGUAAAGCUGGCUCUGGUUCUUCUUGUAGCUUACCAGUGUGUGAAUCUCUUGGGUACAGAUCAGAUCUCUAUACAUCACAGCUUCGGAUGCGGAUGGUCCCAAACACAGCAUAGGCCUUAUUCCUCUAAAUGACAUGAUCUUGAGAGUUAAUGCAAAACCAUAGACCUGAUCUAUAUGUUGCACUUUUCAGGCAAAUUCAUGUUUGUUUUGUGAUCAUUUGUAGAAAAAACACUAGCAAAAUGUAGUGUCAGGUGUUAAUAUAUUUUGUGAUGCUUUAUUAACCUAGUUUGUGACAAGUUCCUGAUAUUAAUUCUCUUUCAUCAUAAUCUUCAUUUUUUAAAUGUUUUGUAUUAAAAACUGGCAAAUUAUUUCAGAAAACUUUGCUACCAUUAAGCAGCAGUAGUGGUAAAAUUCUCAUGACUCUUUUGUCAUGAUCAAGUUUUGUCUCUUUUUUCCUAACAAUUUAGGGGACAUUUAAAAUAUUUAUACCUCAUUGUAAGA